GUGGUUACUUAGGUGAGUGUAUCUGUCUACUUUUCAAAGACAACAACAGCAGCAUGUCAACAACUCUGGACUGUGCCACGGCGACAGUGCUGACGUCGCCGGACCAUGAGGCGACCUACGCGCUGGUAAAUGAUGCCCAACACGUUGCGUUUUUGCAGCAAGAAUGCCGUAUAUAUGGUUCCCCUGAAGGAUCCUUGACGACUGCAUCAGUGGCACCACUGCGCUUGGCAUUGGAAGAGAUGGCUGUGGGCGUUGCAAAAGGAUAUUUGCGGUUAGAGGCAGCAGCAACUGGACUCGAUGGCAGCAGCGGUGGUGAUGAAGGGAACGUGCUAGUAGAAGACAUCACUCCGGAAUUCGUUGAAGAGAUACAGUCAGGAGGAUCCAAUGUCGACACCAAGUCGAGACUGACACCGCGACGACGUGACCGACUGCGAGUUUUUCGGGACUUAUGGGAGAAAGGAUAUAUCGUGACUUUCGGCUCCAAGUUUGGCGCUGAUUUCCUCAUCUACAAAGACAACCCCAAGCGCGCGCAUGCGGUGGCGCUGAUCGUGGUGAAAGGUUACGAGGAGGAAUUUUCUCGUGUGGAUGUCGUGAGUUUCUGUCGUGUGGCCAAGAUGGUCAAGAAGCAGCUCGUGUUUGCGUGCGUGCGAGCUAGCGAGGAAUACAAGAGCGGUGGUGGGAAGAUGGAUGAUACCGAAGGCAGCAACUCUGAAGUGGCUGGAGAUAGCGUUGUGUACGUUUCAUUAGCGCAUGCACUGCUCGUAUCGCGCCAAGAAGAAGGCGGAGAAUGAUUUCGUGACACUGGAGGUCGUAUUUCACAGUAUUUGGUGUGCAGACUUAAGUAUCCACGCUUAUGUGCUACUGCUGCCCGCUGUGGAGGACGGGGUCUUCAAAUUCACCUCGUUCUGGCGAAUCUUUUGAGCAAUUUUAACUAGACAGUCGGCUUCGGCUGGGAUCUGCGUGUUUUGCCGCAGAUCGAGCGCUAUGACGGUGUUAUUCUGCUGCAAACCCUGCAGCAACACAUCUCCGUCGCUUUCACUGAGCGCGUUGCUGCUCAGAUCCACGGAGCGAAAUGCCGUCGUUGAAUCACUGAGGAUUUCAGCCAGCGCUUCAGCACUUUCCUUGCCCAACAUGUUGCUGCUCAAGUUCAGAUUGGUCAGCGACGUGUGAUCCACUAGACCUUCCAGCAACAUACGCCCACCGUCGUCUGUGAGACGAUUCAGCCGGAGAUCCAGCUCCAUGAGACUGGUAUUGUAUUUGAGCCCACGACUGAGAUACCGUCCACCUUCCGCGUGUAUCUGGUUAUCACACAGCUUCAACGUAGUGAUCACGCUCUCGGGCCCCAGAAGUUUGGACAGCAAUCUCGCACCGUGGUUUGUAAGUUUAUUGUGUGAUAAAUCCAACGAGGUGAUACUGGUGUUCUUUACUAGCCCCGUCAUAAGCAUCCGCAGCAGAUCGUCAUCCAGGAGAUUGCUGGGCAGCCACAACGUCGUCAGCGUAUUCGACAUCUUGAUAACAUGCGAGAGGUUCGUGGCGUCCGAGAUCUUCAUUCCGAAUAGCAUACGUUCAUACUUCAUACCGAUCUGCUUGACACCGUAGGUGACUCGAAGUCUUGUCAAAUUAUGUAGUUGAGCACAGAUUUCGUUCAAGUCCAAGUGGGACAGCAGUUGGUCGAUCUCAAGCGUGAAAAUGUAUUCGCUGGAGGCCUUGACGACGGCCAUUAAGUGGUCAUGAUCGUCUACAGAUGGGUCGAAAUCUUCAAGAAGAUUCUGUAAGUGUUUUUCUAGGAAGAGUUGCUUCCAUGUGAGUCCGUGGUCGGCAAUCUGGAUGUUUUUCCACUGCGUUUUGCUGAGGCAGCAGCGCUUCCAGUAGUUCUCAUCAGUCACAUUAGGGGCCGUCACGCACACGUCGAGAUC